GAUCUGAACGCGAUCACAGAAGCAAUUGCCGCUUUUGAACCCGUUGGAAGACUUUCACGGUCGUGUCUCUUGAGCGUUGCUAGACGAAGAAUGCAGACAGCGCCUUUCCAGCUACCCCGAGGACUAUAUAUGCAGGUCCCAGCAUAAGAGCAGGCUAUCAAUCAUGCUUGGCUUUCUUACUCGCUCUUCAGACAGGCCUAAGUCGACAGACGCCCCACUCGCACAAUCCAACGGCGUGAAGGAUGCGAACGUCGUAGUCGACACCCCGUCUUCCAACGGACAGGCUGAGACAGCUGAGAAAGGUACAUCCAAGGGCGAGGCAGGGAAGGAGGCUGAUCCGGAGCCCAAGAUGGAGUCUCAAAUCACACAGGAUGCGUCCUCCCAGCCCUACACGGGACCCACCAUUGACACCGUGAUGACGCCUCAUAGUGACCGUAGCAGCAGACGGUUUUCAUGGAAACUUCCUUUUCUCAGUGGAAGUGCCCGGCACGAAGCUGGAACGCCUACUCUAUCUGCUGUAGCAGAGCACGACAGGAAACGUCACGGCCGCGACGACUUUGAGAAGUACGAAAAGAACCUCUCUCGUUCAGAGAAACGUGCAGAUGAAUCCGCCAUCAUCAUUCGUACACUCAUUGUUGGACCAUCCGGCAUCGUGCCUAUCUCCGCCAAGACAAAACCUUUGUCAGAAGCAAAGCUAGCGAAAGUCAAGUCAGAGCUCGUUCGUCCAAAGUCCGCCAACAAGGGAGUCUCGUGUCAAUAUUCGAAGUUUGCUGAGCAAGAUAAGGGUGCAAUCGUCAACAUCGAGAGGCUCAAUAAUCUAAGAACAACACGUACGCAGAUAGGAGCCGCGAUAGGCAUAUCGAUAACUCGCCUAUCAAUCGGUUGGAGGUCCAUUGUACGAUUUUGCGUUAACGCUGUUUAAAAGUACAAGGUUGCUGUGAUGAGACUAAAGAACAUACAUAUAUGGAACAAGGACAUACAUGUCGCCAUGACCGGUACUCGGAGGAUUCACGUGAAAGAUUUCCUGGUACAAGCAGAAUUUCUGUAUUCCCUGGUUGCUCCUAGGCUAGAAUGAUUUGAGUUCCAAGUGGUACGAUCUUGAAGUAGAGGCGCGCGAGCCCAGGGCAGCCAGGGGAAAAUAGAUUAGGACAACAUGUUCCAUCUACGAUGAUUAGC